AUGGAACCGGAGCCGACCCUUGCCUCUCUCCUCGAGGCUAUCAACACCCUCACCAGCCAAGUCGGGUCCUUGCAGGCCCAAAUCCACUCUCAAGGCCAACAGCUCUCUGAGCUCAAAGCCAUAUGCAAGGAGACCAACGACCUGGUUGGUGACAAAGACCAGGGCGGAGCCCAAACCAAGCCUGGCCCAUCGACUGGGCCUGUCACCCCUCCUACCCACUCAGGGGGGGAAGCCCACACUCCAGGCACGGUUAGGCCUGGACUCAAAGCCCCAUUCCGUCCCUCAAGAGGAACGGGUUUUGACUCAGAGGACGAAGAACCAAGGCCCCUCAAAAAGGAGCCUCAAGGAACGCCUAGAAGGCACUUGGGAUCCCUCACACCCUUCGACGCAGGGUCCAGCGUAAAACGGCCCAAGAUGGACCUUCCCGACCCCUAUAAGGGUGACACCAGGGGACAAAAAGCCACUCAAUGGCUGGAUCAAAUGAUGCUAUGGGUAGCUCUCCAUUGCGAUCAAUUUGACAAAGAAGAGCAGAUGGUCGUGUGGAUUUUGUACCACAUGACAGACAAGGCCGCCGACUGGGCCCUCCCCAUCAUUGGGAGCAUCAUCAAGGGCGAGGGUAACCCCCCUACUACCAUCACGGCCUUAACGGCCAAAUUCAAGGAGGCAUUUGCAGACCCUGAUGCCAAGAGGGCGGCUGCCAGAAAGAUCGCCGCGCUAACUCAGACCACAACCACGGCUGAGUAUGUCACCGAGUUCCGCAAUCUUAUGGCGGAGCUUGAUUGGAAUGAGGAGGCGUACAUUGCCCAAUUCACGCGCGGCCUCCAUUGGAAGGUCAAGGAACUCCUGUCUACCAAAGACAGUAUCCCCAACGAGUUGGAGGCUAUCUUUGCCGCCUCCAUCAAAAUUGACAACAUUUGUCGGGAGAACGAGGAGAACCGCCCAAAAAAGCUCCCUGCCAAGUCCCCGGCCACCGUGGCCACUUCCACCACUACCACCACCCAACGGGUCCGCCUCUCGGAGGACCCUAACUAUGUCACACCGGAAGAAAGGGAUCGUCGCCGCGCGUCUGGCCUUUGUGUCAAGUGCGGUCAGAAGGGACAUGGGAUCAAACAAUGUCCCAAUGGCUGGAAAGCCACAAUCAAGGAGACCGCCAAGAUUGGAGAGGUCACGGAGUCGGAAAAAGAAUGA